GAGCCAUGGGCUGCAGCACACCUAGCUUGCUGGGGUACCUGGGGUGCUGGAGUGCCAGGGUGGGUGCCAGCACCCUGCCAGGGCUGAGGGCAGCAGGGACGCGUGGAUAACCCACUGGUGCCAAAACCUGGCCUGGCACAGAGCAGCCACAGCUGGGAUGAAUGUCCCAGGAGUGUCAAAGGAUGAUGGAGAGGGAGGGAGCAUGGGGGCAAGCAAGGGAGAAUGAGACCUUGUGAGAGCCUGGGGGAGCCAUGGCACGGGGCUGCCUGGACCAUGGAGCCCUGCCUGCCACCAGCUGUGGGGAGGAGACACCCAGUCUGGGGUGGGCAGAGCCUGUUCCACAGCUGGGGACCCACAGAUACCAUCCAACCGGGGCUUGUAGGGCCCCUGCAAGACACUGCGCCCAACUUGUGGGGUGGAAACGGUUCUCCCCUGCGAGGAGGGUCAGGGAGUGGGUGCCAAGGCCGGGGACACCUGCGGGAGAUGCAGGGCAUGCCAGCACGCCUCCCAGCCCACGCUCCUCUGGUGGCACCAAGCUCCAGCCAGCCAGCAGCCAGCCUGCAGAGUAAGGUGACGCGAAGGUUUUCGUGAUGUCCCCUCUGCUUUGUCCCCUUUCUGGAGCAACAGUCUUAUCGCUUUAGUCCUGGUGGGGUUGGCUCUGAUCCCACGUGUACUUCCAGCCUCCGGGAGCUAUCCCAUUUGGCUUACCAGCUGCAGGAUGGAGGACAGAGGGAGCUGGCUGUCAUUCCCUCAGUGGCCCUUUGUCCCCUCUUGUCGCCUUUUCCAACUCCGGGUUGCCCAGCUCUCUCUGACCCCCCUGAUCACCUCUCCCCAAGGUCUGGCCAUUCCAGUGAGCAGCGAACGUUUGGGUGAGCAGACAGCUCAGAGUCAGCAUCUACCUGCAUGCUGCCCGCAUGCUGCCCGCACCCUGUGCUGGUGGGGCUCUGGGACUUGAAGCAUCUGCAAGGCGCCGGGCGAGGAGAGGUGUCCACAUCCAGAGCCACCAAAGCAGCGCGGACCAGUGAUAAGUUGGGGUUGUGUCUUUUUUUUUUUUUUUUUUUUUUUUUUUUGUUUGUUUGAGAGAAAAUAAAGCACUCGCGGGGAGCAGGAGCCAAGCUCCCCUGUGCCUAAAACAGCAAUCGCAGCACUUCCUCGGAUUUAUGGUGUUUGCUUUCACAAUGCCAGCCGGGAUCCUGUUUGCUUCCUGCUCUGCAGCUGCAGUCCCAGCUGAAGGCUCAGGAGAUUCAGGUUUUAUAACACUCCCGGAUCCUUCCGAUGUCAACUUGUCCAGCAUCAUUUAUUACCCCCGUGCCUCCUGUGGGGCUGGGGUGGGCUGCUGUCACCCCAUCCCAGCGCCCACUGGUGUGGGUGCUCUCCCCUGCCCACCCACAGGGUCCCAUUCUCUGGCACUCGGGGCUUGAGCAGCAGCUCUGCAGAGGGAGCACCCACCUUUUGCUGGGAGAGGCCAGCAGUGCUGUGCCCUCGGUGAGGUGCAGCACCCAGCUCUUCUCCUGCAUAGCCACAACCCGAGAGCCAGGCAAGGCAGGAGUGGCUGGGUCCUGCUGGAGGGAUGGUGAGACAUGGAUGUGACAUUCUGCAGGGUCCUGGGAUGCUCCAGGGUGGUGACUGCUCCUCACCGGCACGCUUGGACAAGCAGUCAGUCCUUGCUGUUGGCCUCUGUAAAUCAAAGUGACUGAAUUUAUAGCGAGACAUUUCUGUGGCUCUUCCCCAGAUCUCAGUUGUCCUCUCAAGAUGUGAGCAUGAAAACUGGCUGCCCCCUUUCAGUCUCUGAGGCAAAACCUCCCCUGGGAUGCACUAGCUAAUGCAGCCAGAGAGGGUGUCAGCUCCCCCAGCCACAGCAUCCCUUGGGACCUAAAUGGAACCUUUCAGCACCGAGUCCAACUCCAGCUGUUGCUUUCCAAGCUACAAGGCCCCUCCAGGAUGAGCCGGGCCGAAAUGCUCCGGACCCCCCAUGGGGUGUGCUGGGGCCAGGGAGGGGCACCGGGGUGCAGAAGUUGGGGAAGGAGAGCGUCCAGGUGGGGGAAGAGCAGGACCAACAAGCUGCGGGGAACCACCAGCCCCGUCUCCUGACGCACAGCCUCAGCGUGGAGGCUGCGGCACUGCCCAGGUCCCCCUGCAACGUGCUGAGGGGUGUCCUGACUCCGCUCCUCCUCCUCCUCUGCAUUUACCCAAUGAACUCCUUUGUUGAAAUACCCAUAGGCCAUGAGUGGGCUGGCAGCCUUAACCUUCUUUUUGGGAAACCAGUAUGGCUACAGAAAUCCCAGAAAUGCCCCCUCAUGUCCCCAGCGGAGCAGGGGCAGCGUCCCUCCACAAGUCCAGGAGCUGCUCUCCCCCAGAAUUUCAGUGCCCUUAUGGAAGCCUGGCUAAAUCUUGCAGGCCUCCAAAAGAAACCCACCGCUUUUGUUUAACAUUUGCUGUACUCGGUGAUGAAAUAAUGAUGGAUUAUUUCAUUGUGGUUACUAGCGUGCCAGACUUCUUUUUCCAAACACACAAUAGGAAUGUUCAUUUACUGCUCCGGCUACGAAUGCUUUUAUCCUCCUUAUAUAGUAAGAACUCUGCACCGAAGGACGAGUUUAAUUUGUCACUGAUACACUUCACCAUCCCAGCUCACAGCCUUGCAGUCAGCAGGUUAUUCACGAGUGCCCAAAUCAUCUCUGAUUUAUUAUCAGCCUUUUCCAACCAGUCCCAUCCUCGCUGCCAUCCGGCUACCCCACCAAAAUGGCCACCUCGAGAGGGCUCAGUUAACUCUUUGAGAUGGAGAGGGGGUGCAACGUCAGGGCUGCUCCCUCAGAGGCAAGAACACAAGAUGCAGGACAGGGAUGCAACAACAUGGCAAGGGGGCCCAGAGCACCAGUGCAAAGAGACUAUGCCUUCAAACCCAAAGGUGGUGAAUCCAAAGCGGAUAAAAGGAAGUGUUCUGGUUUUGUUGGUUUGUUGUUUUUUUUUUUUUUUUUUUUUUUUUUUACUCCUUGCUUAAUUAGGCUGCCACAGGAAAAUGCUCAGGCCAAAAUUUAGCAGGAUUCAAGGAAGGUUUGGGCAUUUAUGGGGAUAACAAAAAUAUCCAGCUAUAAUAGCGGAUGCCAACACAAAUUCUGGAAGGGAUAUUAAGCCUCACGCGUCAGGGUGUAAACCUAUCCCAAACUCUCAGAAAGUAGGGAGCUUAAUGCAGGGGCAGAUGACCCACAUAUGCUACCGCUCCCGCCGCCGCCUCGCUGCCGGCACAGCCCCACGCUGGCCAAGCCACUGGCUGGACCGUCCCUGGAGCCCCGUUUCCUGCUGCCGGCAGCGCCUCUGACAAGGGCUGUGAAUUUCUCUUGGCAAUUCAGCCCUCCGCUUGUAGUUCUCGGGGGCCGUGUGGCUCCAAGGGCUCUGACCUCCUCCCUCUCGCCCAUCCCCUCGCUUUGCCAGCUCGUAACAGCCUUAUCACUUCAACCCAGAGGCAGCCCCUUGGGGUAAGGGUCUGUGUGGGCCACCGGCAUGUCCCUGGGUGGUACGGCACCUUCCCACGGCUUCUUGCUUCCAGCCAAGCCCUUCGUUUCCCUCUCAGGUCACUUGUUGCCCAAACGCACCUUUGCCUGCUGAUUUAAUCCCUCCUGUUCUCUGCUUCUGUUGGGGCCAGUCUCCAGGCUCUGAAAGGGGCUGCUCAUCCCUGUGGUACCUCGUGGGUGCUGCACGUACACCAGCAUGGCCCUGCUUCCAUGGGCGCUGCUCAGAUGAGCGGCUGCCUCACGCCUCGCCUGCUCUGCGUCAGUGGCAAUCACUGUACUGCCUGCUCUUGGCCAAAAAGUCCCACUGCCACUCCCAGCCCAUGCACGGCCACAAGCCAGGCACGGCUGCGGCGCAGAUGGGGUGAAAUUGCCUCGCUGUGGUACCCAGGAGCUGGGUGCGAGCAUCUCCAUCCCCACUGAGGAUGGUGCCGCUGCAUCCCACGCUGGUUGUUGACAGGACGCCUGUGCUGCUCCGGUCUCUGUGAGGUGGGAUGUUCCCUAAACCUCGGCUGCUGCGAAGGAUCAGAGAUGGCUCAGCGUGACCAGAGGGGAGCCUGGAGCUCUCCUGGUUGGGGGCCAGGGUCUCCUGAGCUUGCCGCUUGCACGCUCUCCACCCUGCCGAGGGCAACCCCGCUGGGGUCCCUUGGAUCUCCCCUCACUGCAGAGCCUUGCACCCACAGGGGCUUCCAACUGGAGACAUUUCUGGAGGGCAUGAAUCAGCUUUUCACAGCUUGUUAAAAAUCUUGAUCCUACCUCUUGUUUUCAUGCCUUUCAAAUCAGGAAAUGAGUUUUACAACUUUUCCAGUGGGGCACAGCUGGUGGCCAGGGUCGUAAAGCUGAACUUUAUAAAUAUCUCUUGUUGGGAUCAGGGGAAGAGCAUUAAAAAGGCAGAGAGAGAGAGAGAGAGAGAGAGGGAAAGAGAGAAAGAGAAGGGAAAGGAGAAAAGGCAAUAGAGAAGCAAGGCAACCUCGGCAAAGAAGCCCAGCUCAACGCCGGCCAUGGCCAUGCAACCGCAGAAGAUGGGGUGUGCUUGGGGCAGGCUUUGCCUGCUGCUCUCCCUCCUCCUCCAGCUGCCAGGCUCCCAGGCCAAAUGCUACUUCCAGGCUAAAGCUCCCUGCGAGUACGAGGGGAAGCAGUUCUCCCUGGGGGAGUCGUGGCUGAGCACCAACUGCCUGCUCUGCACCUGCCUGCACCCCAUCGGCGUGGGGUGCUGCGAGACCACCCAGCACCCCAUUGACUUCCCCGACUGGUGCGAGGCCCAUUACGACUCGCAGACCUGCCAGAUCUCGGUGGUGCAGAAGGCCAACCCCAACCUGCCCUGCGUGAAGAGCAUGGAGCACGAGUGGGGCUCGGCCGGCACCCCCGAGCCCCUGAGCAACAAGGUGCUGGGCGCGGGGCUGAGCAGAUAGAGGCUCUGCAGCGCCCCGCGCCCGCCCCCGGCAUCAUCCGCCCUCCUCCAGAGCACAACCUCCCGCAUGCUCCAGACCUGCCCGAUCCUGUAGAGACAUCACUGCCGCCACCUUUGAGGGAAACCACUAUCCACACAGCAUGGUACCGAGCUAACACGUACACCCUAGCGCUGCCACAGUACAGCUUUGCUUCCGCCUUCAGCUUCCCGAAACGAACCGGGGCCCCCUCCCCGCGAGAUGCCCUGCACACCAUGGGAACGCAGAUCCUAUGGGAUCUCCUCCCAGGUGGGCAGGAAGCCUCCAGCUACUAACGAAAGGGCUACGGGACGACAUCAACCUGCCAUCGAGACGGUCUUGGUGCUCCCGCAUCCAGCCUCGAGCUAAGCAGCUCCCCCCUCCCACUCAGACCCCCGUCCCCCUGCACGGCAGCUGCUGGGAGCUCACCGGGGAGCACCAAGGCCCUUCGUGCAGGACCCACACACCCCGGCCGGCCCCUUCUCUGCCCCGGAGCACGAGGGGCACAACCCACCUCUGGAACCACUAACGCCCCUGCUCCCGCAGCUCCCGGUGCCAGAGGGGGUCCCCGGCACUGCAGGCCAGCCCUGGGCAACACUGCAACGGAGCCAGCCCGGGGCGGACGGCAGAGCGGGGGGAACCACUAGAAGAUGUCCCCAAGGGAGCACACACACACCGCCCCCCCCCCCCCAGCCCCAGCCCCAGGGGAGCGGGGCAGGGAGCUGGGUGCCCUGCCAGGGUUUGGGGAGCUGAAGCAAUCCGCACGUGGCAGGGCGGAGCUGGCCCCUCUGGCAGCCUGCCCCAGCCGGUGCCAUGCCUGUGUUGUGCAGAGCCUUGUGUAGAUGUUUCUGUUCU